AGUAGAGGGCUUUCAAACAAACAAGGAGAAGAAGAAGAGUGUUCUUCGUCGUUGUCGUCUCCUCUCCGUUGCAAAUUCUUCUACUGUAUGUAUGACUCUGGCUCCCCCCUUCCCUAUCAGAGCCAGUAGCUGGUGGUGCUGCCGCGUCUUUCUCGCCAUGGCCCCUGCCUCUCCUGCCACCCCAUGUAUCCCUCUCCUUCUUGACUCACAACCAUAUUCUUCUUCUCAUCUACGCUGGCUUCACUCCAUCUUUUCUUACCUAGGACACCACGACUGCCAUUUCUUUGUUUUCUCAAAACCCAGAUGCUGUGUACAUGCCUGAACAUUGCACUUGCAGUGUUUUAUUCUCCUGGUACCGCCUGCAUUUUCUCACAAGUCGCGCUUCAUGUCUCUGUUUCUUUCAUCCUACACGCGCCGUCCCCCAACCCCCCCUGCCUCUCUCUAAUUAGUCAAACCUCAUUCUGCAUUUUGUUAAGGUGUAUAGUGUUGCUUUGGGUGAACUGUGGCUGCGAGGUGCAUUCUUCGCCGAACGGUUCUGCACCUGGCGAGACAUAAGCAAUAACGCGGAAAUUCAUAAUGUUUCCCGAAUGCUGUGCGUGGAUCCUUUGCAAACUUUGAGCAUAACGUACAAGAUAAGGAAGAGUGCGCAAGUCCCUAAUUUCGAGUCUGCAAAGCUGGUCGCUGACGCUUCCAUUGACAGGUCAAGAUCAAGAUUGUUGACAGAGUAGCAUGAUGAAUAAUUUCAUUGGCGAGUCUCUGCCGACGAGUGGCGAUGGUCGCAUGCAUUUAUGAACAUGAUCAUGAGAUGCCCGUAGCACUAUUUUUGCACGUGUGGUGAUUGAAGGCAAGCUCAUUUAGUGAGGUGGGAAAUGAAGGGGAUGAAGGGUUGGCGAUCUGGGCUUAGGAGGCCUCAGAUGUCCACUCUGCUUCUUCUCUACGUGGGGCUACUAUGUCAGUUGCGAGGCACAUUCUCUAUAGGUCAUCAACAUGGCAACCCAAUCGAGGUCGGCCAGCAACUCAUUCAGGAUUCGUCUCCCACUCCCUCAAAGUUGCCUACUCCCUCUCCUCCAACUUUCGACACUCCAACACCUUUUCCAACUGCGUCACCUCCCGUACAAGCUUCGUCAGGAAUUUUUCCAUUCAUGGCUCCCCCUCCACUGGAGAUUCCAGUCAUUACCAAUCCAUCUACGCCUGAACUAUCAGGUUUCUGUCCUUUUGAUUUUUCAACGUUAGAAGGGACUCUUAUUCGAACUGCUGGAGAUUGUCCAGCCCCUCUAGCACUCUACGUUGGAAGUGUCAUCUGUUGCCCACAACUUGAGAGCCUUUUUCAAGUCUCUUUGGGUCAAUACAGCCUAGACUCGGGCAAUCUUGGGCUGAACGUUACAGAAGCUGAAUACUGCUUUUCGGACACCCAAAAUCUUAUGGCUAGUUUGGGAGCCAACACAUCCUUAGGGGAUCUUUGUGCUGCUCAACCUGCCAAUCUUACCAGUGGUUUAUGUCCAGUUACCAAGGUUAGCCAACUGGAAGAGAUGAUAAAUACUACUAAGUUAUUGGAUGCAUGCCAUUCGGUGGACCCUUUAAAGGAGUGCACCGAAGAACCUACUUGUCAAUCUCAGGUCAUGGACGUAGCCACUCAAAUGGCUGGGCAGCUUGUGGGUGAUCCAGGUCAAUUGAAUGGCAGUGCUGUACCACCAGGUGAACAGCAGGUGGUGGUUGAUUGCAAAAACAUGGUCCUUGCAUGGUUGGCAAGUAAGCUGGGUCCAGAUGCAGCGAACACCAUGCUGCGUAACCUCAUCAGCUGCCGUGUCAACAAAGAGUGUCCUCUGGAAUUUAGAGAUCCAAUGCCUGUUGCCAAAGCAUGUGGCUGCUCAAGUACGCCGUCCAUUGCGACUUGUUGCAGAGCCAUAGACGGAUACUUGUUGGAGGUUCAGCAGCAGAUGUUGAUUACUAAUUUGCAAGCGCUCCGCUGUGUGACAUUCUUGGCUUCCAUGCUUCAAAAUAUGUCUGUCUUUGCAGAUAUUUACUCCCUGUGUGGAAUCGACCUUAAGGAUUUCUCUCUUCAAGGAGUUGGUGGACAAGGUUGUUUACUUUCAAGUUUACCUUCCGACAUUAUGAGCAACGUUACAGGCAUCGACUUUACCUGCGAUUUAAACGAUAAUAUAGCGGCUCCCUGGGUUCAAACUCUCAAGACUGAUGCAGCAUAUUCUGUGUGUGGUCGACCUCCGGUUGCUCUGCCAGCCAUUCCAGAAUCUUCAACGGCCUCUUGGUCAAUCGAUUUUCGAAGAAGGAACUUUCUCAUUAUGGCGUUGUGUGUCGUAUUUAUCAUAUCCAAGCUGUAGGAGGAAAGCACAAUCUAGUGCCUCUGAAAUGUUGGAACCCUUGACCUUUCUUUGCUUCUUCCGCACAUAAAAUCCUGGGUGAUAAACCAGAUUUUGGUAGGUCAUUCGCGUUUAUGAAACCUCUAAUAUGACUCCCGCUUGUAGUUCCACUUUUUUCUGUUUUCAAUAUUGAUGUAGACCUGCCACAAUAUUGUUCAUAUAUCAGAGCUGCUUAAUUUGUUUAGAGACAGAUAUGUACGCGAUUGUCACCAUGUAUGUAUUUAGCUCUUGAGGUAGUCAUUUAGAACCUUCGUGAAGCAGCUUUUUUUGGUACUUAACAAGCUGAUAUUGAGUCGUAAGAUACA